AUGGAACCAUCAACCCUUUUAGAUCCUGUGGAUGCUUUGGCCUGUCACUUUAGGUCCUUUGGUGCCGAGCUUUCUGCAAACAAAACGCCUCUCAGGAUCCCUUCCUCGCUGAAAUCACAACUCAGCGAGAAACUUGGUACGCCCGGAUUGGAAGGGACUUUAACCGCUCCUUACCAUUCUAAAACCACCGCGAAUCUUGUCAGCUCUAUCAGCGAUCAAGACUUUGAGCGGUGGUGCCUACUAGAUGCCACAGCAUUCAUCUUUGUUACAAGAAUUCUCCUCGAAGCAGAGCCUUGUCUAGCAAAGGAUCAGGGCUUUUUUCGACUGAUAGAGGCACUUGAAACUUUACGGGAUCAGAGUAGCGAAUUGUCAAUGCCAGAGAGACUGUUGUCUAUAUACAAAAAUACCGUUGGAGAAUCCCUUGCCGCCAAGUUACUUGACACUUUUAUUGACUGUGAGGAGUCUGGAUUCUCGAGACGUUGGGCAGGCAUGUUGCUUGUUGAGCUAUUGGAAGAAUCCGAAGGAAACAAAGAUCGUGUUUGGAAAAUGCCCGACAUGUUUUUUAAGGAUAUAGGAGAAAUUAUUAUCAGUGGAGAUGAUAGGAUAUUGAAGAUAGUCGCGGGCAAGAUUAUUUGGCAAUUAACGCAGCCCAUCGAGGAUGAAGAAGAGAUACGACAACGCUUACCCACGUUUUGCCAGUCAGACCUGGAUGGGGAUUUCACUAAGGGAUUCCCCUUGCAGAGCGGUUCACAGUGGGAGAGUGGAUUUGCUAAUUUCAUCAAUGAUAUGGAACUAAAUAGAUACGACCUGGACCUUGGUCCUCCAAAUGGCUACACUGCUGUCCAGGUUAUGCUUGGGAAAAACAGCCCCAUAAGUUCUGACAUUGGAGCAAUCACGAUAAAUAUUGCCGAAAUCUUCAGCAUAUAUAUUCCACCAAAUGCGGACCGCUCUCCCGACUGGGUGGAUCUGAAAAUCGUUAAUAUUAGCAAGAUCGAGUUCACUAAGCAAAUCUUAACCGAGAACUCAAUGGAUGACCUCAUGUACCUCAAACUUCACUUACAUGACUACGACCAGGACGGGUAUCUUUAUCUACUCUCGAUGCGACCAUCUUCAGACUCAGAUAGUAUUACAAUUCUAUGCUAUAAGAACGAGGUGGAAGACUUUGCUGGAGACAUAGAGAAAUGUCGGGGGAAGGUGCUGCUACGUAAGGGUAGACAGCAGAUAAGUAGUGCACCAUUAAGGGAUAUACAGGCAAACCCCGAAUACCGCAAAUCCCAGCAAGAGAAGAUAAAUGAACUUGAACGACACAGAGAAGAUAUUUUGAAGGUGUUGGAGAGUCCAACAGCCAAGAGUGAUGAUUAUGCUAGUUCACUGACAGACCCAGAUGAGUUCGAGGACGGAUGGGACAUGUGUCUAUCGGAAUAUAAACCGGUGGGACCGCGGGACGGUGAGAGCGAUACAAAGGAGAGGGGGAAAGAAAAUUCGAGAAUUGAUCCAAUGACGGCAGGAGUAUCGGAGGAGGACACUAUUAUCAGCCCUGCCAAGAAGCCCUUAGCACCCAAACUAUUAACACAAGGACGGUGCACACCCGCCUCUUCUCUCAAAAACCCUACCAAGACAUCUGAUAUUAUCCCGGAGUCAAGUCUCGCUGCCCCCAUCACCCCUGAUUUUGACCCCAAACAUAUCCGUAAAGUCAUCUCGGAACGCUUUUCGGCACCUCUAAGACCUUCAUCAUCCGUUCAUGGGUUGCAAAAGGUUAAAAAGCUAAAUUUACCGCCUAUAAAUAGUUCUCAGUCAUCCAGAACCGCAAACUCCAACUGCAAAAAAGGUCUAGAGGAUGCUUCUGAGAUUCUCAAGGGGAAAACGCCUAGCAUAUUAGGGGAUAAUACGAAGCAUCAUCCAGAUACAUCCGCAGAUGAGCAAACAGAAGCCAAAUUAUCAAUGAAGACCUCAACGUUGAAAAAGCCGGCAGAACCCCAAAAGAAACACGAAGGUAUAUAUAAACCGAAGCCUGGUAGCAGUGCUAAGCUUUUGAAACUCCCUUCAGAGGCUUUAAUGGUUCAUGGAGAAUCUACAAAGUUAAGGGCUGAAUACUUUGACACCCCAGCGGUGGAUAAUUCACAUGGGAAAUCAAAAGAUAAUCCCCCGUCUUUAAUUUCCGAGAAACAGCUUUCUCGAAAUCCACCAGCCAAAGAAAACAGUUUACCCAUAGUUGAGAAAAAUUCUAAGGAAAUCGUUAAAUCUGCGGUUUUUGGUAUUACCGAUGAUCGAAAGAAAUUGCGGGCCCCUCCUCAUACUUAUGGGACGAAAAACAAAAAAAAGGGGGCAUCCAAGCCAAAGGGAAAGACCCCAAACAAAGACGAUCCCCCAAAUAAGAAUAACUUACAGGUAAUGGCUACCAAGUCAGUAAAGUCUCGUAUCCCGCCUGUGAAACUAGAUAAGGAAAGAUUACUACCAUCAGAUGAUACUAGUAUUUGGGAGUUACCUGUAUCUGAAGAACCAGAAAUAGAGCCGAGAAACGAGAAAAAGAAAGGAACGAUACAUCCCAAAAUGUUAUCCCCGAAGAAGCCAGCUCCCAAGUCGAGGCAACCUAUCAAAUCAAAACCACCGCCCAAGAAAAGGGUUUAUGGAAAAUCUGUGGUAAAACCGGAACCAAAGUCAAAAGAAAUUAUUUCAAACUCUGACAAAGAGUUGGAAGUAGAAUCUCCGCCUGCACGGAAGCAAAAGCAGAGCCCUAGAUCAAAGAACAAAGAUAUUCCAAAGAUUGUGCCUGAUAAAACAAAUUUUGAGCAAGACAGCGAAGAUGAAUCGGAAGAUCAAGUGGCUGCCCACUCACUCAGGCCAAAGGUGAAACCGAGGCCGAAACCGAAAUCAAGGAGUUCCCCUGCAUCUGGACUAACAAAUCGUACAUUACCCAAACACAACGAAGAUGAGCAGAUGAAAUCCUCAGAAAUUGAGUCUAUUCGUGCAUCGACACCUCCAACUCCAACACCGAAGACGAGAAAAAAAGAGCUAGUCAAAUUGACCCCAGCAAAACGUACAGCAUUUGAAGAUAGUGAUAAUGAUGGGCAUGCAAGGCCUUCUUCUCAAAUAUCUGGCUCAAAGUCUGCUUUAAAAUCUACCCAUACAUUAAGAUCAGCUAAACAUAAUGAAAGUGGGGAAAACUGGUUGGAAUCUUUGAAACAAAAGAAACCUCCCACUACCUCGACUAACCUAAAGAAAGCUGUGGAAGUCAUCCCGGUACCUACUAAACGUGCUGCUUCUCCAGAUGACAAUGAUGAUAAUAUCAAUAGAGGAGACAUUGGCCCGCUAAACAAGAGAAAAAAGCCGGAACAAUCAAAGAUUAGCCAAACGGCCGAAAAGGCACGCCGACGGCCACUUUCAAAGGAGGCACUAGACAAUUCGAAAAAGCGCUUCAAAUCAGAUGCGCUCCUUAAUACAAGUGAAGCAGACGAGGAUAGUUCAUGGAGGCCGAAAACUCGUCUGCAAGCGAAGUUAGAACUUGCCAAAAAUUCGGUCGAAACCAAGAAGGCUAAAAUACAUAAGGCACAGAUUCCUAAAGCGGAUUUUAGUGAGGAAUCUACCGAUAAGUUUAAAGCUACGGGUCAAUCAUCCAAGAAAUCUGGUCGUAGGGUGCGCUGGCGAAAAACUAUUCUGAGCGAGGAAUCUUGUGAGGACGAUAUUGAAGAAGCCUCAUUGAAGCCAUCGAGUGCUAUAGUUAUCGAAACCUCUAAGAAGGAGUAUUUUCCUCCAGAGGAUAAAUCUGAUCUCACUCAUAAUAAAAGCCCGCCCAGCGAACCGGAAACAGGAGGAAAUGCCUUUACAAGCCGAGUGAUUUUUGAUGAUGGCGCCCAGAAACCAGAUGAAUCCCAAUUAAAUAAAAGGGGAGUACUCCCCGUAGACUCUGAAGAAGUUUUUGAAGAGAAUCAGGCGCCUAUUGCGGUUAUGAGCUUAGCGGUGUCUAGCACACAUCAUAUUCCUAACAGAUCUAAAAACCUUCCGGAAAAUCAUUUCCAGGGCUCGGCACUACGACACAAACGGAAACAAGACGCGCUAUUAACUUCGGCUACACCGAGAAAGGUAAUCAACGAUCCAAAAAUAUCGCAAGCCCGCCCAGGAGCCCUCAUUGAUGACCGUUUGGCAAGAAAAGCACAGAUAAUCUCGUGGGGUUCUAGUGGCCCCCAAAACCAAGGCCGAACACCCAUUAUAGAGAAAUCCAACGCGGCUAGUGUUAUAAGAGAAGGUGAUUUCUCUACCGAUGGCGAAGAAUAUAGCGAGGAGGAUACUUCGUUCCCUAGACCGGAGAGCGGCUUAGGCCUAGUGAUUAUUAAAAGUGGUGACGAAGACCGCGUCAUUAUCCGGAAGCAAGCAAAAUCGAGCCUAUCUAUUGACUUCGAUAAAAGAGACAUAGAGACAGUGAUCGGUAUGGAUGGGAGCCCCCUGACCACGCCUAUGCGCCGAGCUAAUGCUCCGACUGAGCUUCUUCACAGUAAUGAGGGCGAUGAUGAGUCACGGCACUCGGACCCUAUUGAUUCAGAAGAUAGCAGUGAUGCUGUUUCCGAUUUUGAAAUUGGGAAUAUAGGCAAUGACGACCAAGAAUUUCCCGCUAUUCAAGACGUAUAUAUAUCUGAAAAAUAUGAGCCAGGAGAUAAAGAGAGAGACGAUACUUUGAGAGAAGCAGAGCUUACCACCACAGGGGAGAAGGGUUCCCACCGUCAAUCCCUUGUUAAACAAAAGGUCAGUAUUAUUGAGCUUUCGUCUGACUCGUCCGAUUCAGAAGCCAGGCACCAAAACCGGGCACCAAAGCAACCUUCUAUAUCUAAGCGUUCCUACUCGAAGCCAAACGAAAACUCUAAUCAGAGAGAAUCGCCCAAAGUUCUCAAUCCCAGAAAGGCAGAAGAUUAUUUCUCAGCUACCAAGGAAAACCUGCCAAUACCUGAUAGUUAUGUCAACCAAAAAUCCGGUAAAGAGUGGAACCGCCGUGUUAUACACCAAAGCCCUAGGGGUUUUGUGUCUCCCAGUCAAGACUCACAAUACAUACAUCCUAGAAAAGAUCAUGAGGGUAAACCUUUAGAUAAAAGGGGGCCUCCAGCAACAGAAAAUAUAUUCGAAGAGCGCGAACAUACACCUACAAUGGCAAGGGAUAUAAUCUCGGGAGCGAAGAUAGCAGCAGAUUUAAACGCCUCGGAGAUACAUGUGGAUAGAAAGAUCCAGAAAACGGGGUUUUCCAAGUGGCUUCAAGAAUCAGGAUUCAAGAAGGUAGCAAACAGUGGCCAUAACAACCGAAAGGUCCACCACAUUUCGGGAGGUGGUUCGCAGUCAAAAGAUCCGGAUAAGACGCUGAUAAAUGAAAGCAGUCACGGCGAAUCUGAAACGAGUCAAGAGCGUGAGCAAAAACAGCAACGGAACAACCACGGGAAAAGGACGUCGGGUAAUGAAAGUGAUGAUUCAGACACUGAUACUAGCGACUAUGAAGACUCUGAUACCGAGGAUGAGGAUGACGAGGAUGAUGGGGAUGAGGACGAAGAAUCUUCGGAGGAUGAACAUCAAAAAUGGCGCCAGUCAGUACCGGAUUACCACUUGGAAAGUUUAUCAGUCUUAAACCAAAUUUCUCGGGGGCUUCUACGAUAUCUUAUGAGUGGUGAGGAGCUAGCUAUGGAAAUCAUCAACGACUUCGAAAAGAACGGGAGAGAGAUAGCUGAGCGAUUGGGUGCAUCUCAUAGGCGUGAGUAUGAAGAAUUUUUGAUAAGAGUAAAGUUGGGAGAAAAGAAAGUACAAAUGGAGCAUGCUAAAAUAAUGGAAGCUGCUGGAAAAGAUUUUUCCGAAAUCACGAGGAGGUCGGAGACGUUGAAAGAUGUGAGAACAAAAUUAAGAAAGGAGUACGAGGUUUUAGACACCACAAUAUCGACUAUGAUGGCUAACUUGGAGGAAGACCUUGAGAAAUCGGCGCUAUAG